GGGAACAUGGGGCGUUCACACGAAGACUUUGCUUCGAAUUGAAAAAAAAGUGACUCAGGAAUUAUAGUGGAAGUCUCGACUGAAGGGUCCUUAACAGAAUCUGUUUAUAAACGCCCACUGCCUACUGGCGGGACCUUUACUGUUCAAUCUACAGUGUAUAACUCCGAAUUCAAAUUACAAAAUUUUUAUGGGAGUGUCUAGUGAACUCUGUGUAAACAAAGUGAGAUAUACCCCCGAUAUCGGAAUAUCAAUAUUCUGAGGAUAAUACGGAGUAAUAAACCUUAUCUUAACACACAAACAGCUCCGAUCAACACCACCCUAACAUUGUUACAUGUGAUUUAUACAUACCUCACUAAUGAAAGCGGGCCAUUAAGAAAGAAGUAUGGUGAGAAUGGAUGGACCUUUACAUGUUUGGAUUUCUAGAUUUUUACUUUUAUUUGUGAUAACAUGUUCAAACUGUGAGGAUUCUGUGACAAAUGCACCAAAACUGACGGAUGAGACGACGCAAACCAGUGUUCUAAGCGAAGCGGAAAAUUCAUCCUCAAUAGAUCCCUGCUCUAGUCUCUCUGGGUUCACUGUUAUUAUGGACGACGGGUAUCGGUCGGCGGAUUGUCGUCGUUCUCAGUCCCCUAACCUCUGUGAUAACCAUCUAGAGGAGGGGUGGUACCGCCUACAGGCCUCUGAUGAGUCCUCCUUCCUCAAGCUCCACCAAACCUGUCCACGACAGGGCCGCUGUGGGACAGACGAACCCAUCUGGAUGAAUGGGUCUUUUCCGUUGGAGGGAGAAGGCACUGUCCAGAGACAAAUGUGUAUAAGAACAGCUUUUGGUUGCUGUCAGCACUCCUUUAAUAUCCAAGUUAGAAACUGUUCCUCAUUCCUCACCUUCAAACUGAAACCUGUUACCAAGUGUAACCGCAGAUACUGCUUUGAUGGAGGCGUGUGUGGUUUACCUUCUAUGAAUACUCCUGCCCCCAUGACUCCGACAGUUGCACAAGACAAUGUUUGCCUAAAUGGAACAUACCGAGAAUCAAACAACAAUGCCAGUGACGCCAACAGAAAGAAUCCCUGCCUACCCUGUCUUCCAGGCUUCUUCUGUGUAAAUGGAGAGAAAAGCAGGUGCCCGUCAGGCUUCUUUUGCUCACCUGGUUCAUCAGAACCAAUACCUUGUCCCACAGGCAGCUAUUGCCCCUCCGGUGAAACUCGUCCAAUUCAAUGCAAAGCUGGAUAUUACAAUCCUUCUAAUACAAGCAGCAAUAGCUCUGACUGCCUGUUGUGUCCGCCUGGGUUCUACUGCUUUCUUCCCGGUGGAGAUAGGCCAACAGGCCCUUGUCUACCUGGAUUCUUUUGCUCCGGUGGAUCGACUACACCGACACCUGUUGACGGAGGAAUGGGUGACAUGUGUCCUUCGGGAACAUAUUGCCCUAGAGGUUCACGAGAGCCAAUCCCUUGUCCCUCAGGGUACUUCAAUCCUUAUACAACCAGUGCGGAGUGUGAGGUUUGUCCUGGAAACCUUACUUGUCCCGUGGGAUCCAUUUAUCCUUUAGAAUGUAAUGCUGAAAGAGAAGUCAUCAGUGUACUAUGUUCCUUUAACCCAGAACCCAAGACAAAUCAUUGCAUAAAUGCCGAUGGAUCACAAAAAGUUGGCAUAUGUACAGAGUGCCCAAAGGGAAAUUUGUGUAAGGAUGGAUUUAAUAUAACCUGUCCUGCAGGAUAUUUUUGCCCAAACGGAUCAAGUGUGUUUAUAUGCCCUGAAGGCUUUUUCUGUCCAGAGGGACAAGUGCGACCUAUUCCUUGUGAAAUUGGAACCUUUAAUCCUUAUUCUGGAAACUCCACAGAGAAGGCCUGUCUGAAAUGCUCUCCAGGAAUGUUUUGUGCUGGGAGAAAUUUGUCUGUUCCAACAGGUCCUUGUUCAUCAGGAUUUUAUUGUAAUAGGGGAGCGAUCUCACCUACACCGUUGAAUGGCUAUGGGGGUGACAUUUGUCCAGCCGGGCAUUAUUGUCUGGAGGGAACAGGGAUCUUCACACCCUGUCCCAAUAUGACUUACAAUCCUUCCAGAGGACAACCGAAUAAUAAGUCGUGUCUUCCAUGUCCAGAAACAUACACGUGUAAUGGAAAGGGGCUUGAUCUACCUAAUGAAUGUCGACCUAACAAUACGAACACUACAGAAAAUUCACUGGAUAAAGAUUGUAAAAAACUAGCUGGGGAUUAUUGUAAGAAUGACACAAUGUGUCUAAACGAUGGAAAAUGCAUCACUUACAACAAAACACGUGGCUUUUGUGACUGUUUGCCAAACUUUGAUGGGACAUUCUGCGAGAUCGAUACAACUUUACUAUUUCUGGACGAGAAUUCUACAUUAAUGUAUGAGACAGUGGAGAAUAAAGAAAUUCUCCUACAAAUCGUAUUUGGAACGUCGCACUUGGAAAGUCAGAUUGAGAUCACAUGGUAUAGAGACGACUUGAUGAUCAGGAACUCUUCUCGCGUAAAGCUUACGGUGGAAGUAGAGGAAAGCUACUAUAAAUUUUACAAAGUCAAACUCAGGAUCAAAUCUGCUAGGACAUACGAUAAUGGCACCUUCCACGUGGUAGCAAGUAUUCCACUACUUGGUAUCAACAUCUCAACGAAUCUGUCUCUAACAGUUAGAAAGUUACCAAGAGUAAACAUCGCUCCGUUAUCUUUAAGUGUUCCGACAGGAGAAACUAUAGUACUGCGAUGCUUUGUCCAGAACUUAGAACAACCAAAUUUAACAGCAAAACUAGAUUGGAUCAAAAGUGGAGAUUUCAGAUGGAGGGAAAGACAACUAUCAAGAAAUGGAUCUGUUUUAAGAGUACCAAACGCCCAGAAGAAUCGUACAGGGAGAUAUGAAUGUUUAUUGACUUACAGCCUACUAGGUGUGAAUGGCACCAGUAGAGCUGUAUCUGACGUGUUUGUCUAUUCUCCAGAGGACCUUCGCUGUAUGAAGACUGUAGACGAACACGGGAUAAGAUGGGAGUUUGGAAUGACAGGAGUAACUUACUAUGCCCUUUGUCCAGACCAGUACGUAGGAAAUGCAAGUAAACAAUGUAGAACUGAUGGGACUUGGGGGCGAACUGUGACGAUAAACUGUGUGGAGAAAACCCUGGUGGAGGGAAACCAAAUGCUGGACAAUAUCCUAACUGACAACAUUAUCGACACAACCUAUGUAUCCUCUGUCGUGGAGAGACAAAUGGCUGCCAUGCGUAACUUGACGGCCCAUAAGCAGGGAACUUCUGGAGACCUUGAUAGUACAGUCGGCUUACUUGACAAAAUUCUGAAAGUAACAGAAGCAGCAGACGCCAAACUACCAGACCAGGAUUUUGCCAGUGUUGUUGAUAACGUCUUGAGCGAAACGCAGAGUCAAAAUUGGAAAGAUAUCAACAAACAGACUAAAGAUGGAUCCUCUCGAAUAUUGUCAACUGUGGCAGAGUUUGGUCAUCAGGUUUCCAAAGGAUUGAAAAGUAGAGAAAACAAAACCAUUGACAGGGAUAAUUAUCUAAUGUCGGUUGGACGCAGAUCUUCGAGAGAGGCAGUGAAAUUUCCGGGAUCCAUAGCAACAGAAUCCUCCUACCUAGUUUUACCCGUCCAAUCAGAGCCAAAUAAAGAAGAUAUAAUAUAUUCAGCGACUGUUUAUAGAACAGUGUACACCUUCCUUCCGUCCACAAAUACAUUAUCGGGAAAUGAAUCAACGAAAAGUUUCAACCUAAACUCAGAUGUUUUGUCUAUGGACAUCGUGGAUGAAAGAGAAAGAAUUUCGCUGAACCCUGGAAUCAUGAUGAAUAUCAAACACAAAAGUGAGAUUGAUCUUCAAAAGACUGACGUUGUAUGCGUGUUUUGGAAUUUCAAUAUCGGGUCAUGGUCUUCAGAGGGCUGCAAUACAACCAGAGUAAAUAAUCACGUGACCAAAUGUGAAUGUGACCAUUUGACAAACUUUGCUAUUUUGAUGCGACCAUAUGAAAAUACGAAGGAAGAUGAUGUGUUGACGUUAAUAUCUCUGAUUGGUUGUUCCAUUACUGUUGUCCUGUCCGCCAUCACUUUCUUUCUCUUUAUUAUUCUGUGGAGAUAUGUUAAGAACGACCAGAACCUCGUUUUGGUCCAUCUUUGUCUUAGUAUUUCUCUGGCUUACCUCCUUUUCCUCGUCGGAAUAAACAGAACAGAAAACAAG